UUUGUAACGGAGACUCUUGUCCUCUUCUCGUCUUCUCUUCUCCUGACUAGUCACUACUAGUAAGCAAAUGUUCCCUUCUACUACUUACGCUUCAGUUUUUCUUGUUUUGAUCCUGUGUUUUAAUGGAGUAAGCCCAUCCUCCACGCCUACUAAGAUUGGAGAGGGCUAUCGUCUCAUCUCUAUUGAAGAGACUCGUGAUGGAGGCAUUUUGGGCCACCUCCAAGUCAAGCAGAAGAACAAUAUCUACGGCCCUGAUAUCCCCCUCUUGCAGCUCUUUGUCAAGCAUGAAACGCAGGAUCGUUUAAGGAUUCACAUCACUGAUGCAGAGAAGAGCAGGUGGGAAGUUCCGUACAAUCUAUUGCCCAGAGAGCAACCGCCGGUAUUGAAGCAAACAAUUGGGAGAUCGAGAAAGAAUCCAAUAACAGUUCAGGAAUUCUCAGGCUCUGAGCUUAUCUUUAGCUACAAAGCGGACCCAUUUAGUUUUGCAGUUAAGAGAAAAUCAAAUGGGCAGACCCUUUUCAAUACGAGCUCCGAUAAUUCCGACCCAUUUGGCGAAAUGGUCUUCAAAGACCAAUAUCUGGAGAUAUCCACAAAAUUGCCCAAAGAUGCUUCACUUUACGGUCUCGGAGAGAACACGCAGCCACACGGAAUCAAACUGUACCCUGGAGAUCCAUAUACUCUGUAUACUACUGAUAUCUCAGCCAUUAAUCUUAAUGCUGAUUUGUAUGGGUCUCAUCCGGUGUACAUGGAUCUUAGGAACGUGAACGGGCAGCCCUCUGCUCAUUCGGUUCUUCUUCUCAACAGUAAUGGCAUGGAUGUGUUCUACAGAGGAACUUCCCUCACAUACAAGAUUAUUGGGGGUGUUUUCGAUUUUUACUUCUUUUCUGGACCCUCUCCUUUGGCCGUUGUCGACCAGUACACAACGUUAAUCGGUAGACCUGCUCCAAUGCCUUACUGGGCUCUUGGAUUCCACCAGUGCAGAUGGGGCUACCAUAACUUGUCUGUGGUUGAAGAUGUGGUUGAGAAUUACAAAAAGGCCCAGAUCCCUCUGGAUGUGAUCUGGAAUGAUGAUGAUCACAUGGAUGGCCAUAAGGAUUUUACCCUCAACCCCACCAACUACCCUCGUCCAAAGCUCCUGGCAUUCCUAGAGAAAAUACACAGCAUUGGAAUGAAGUACAUUGUGAUUAUUGAUCCUGGAAUUGGUGUUAAUUCUACUUACGGUGUAUACCAAAGAGCCAUUGCCAAUGAUGUAUUUAUCAAGUAUCAUGGCAAGCCCUUCUUAGCUCAAGUUUGGCCUGGAGCGGUCAAUUUUCCCGACUUCCUCAAUCCAAAAACAGUUGAAUGGUGGGGUGAUGAAAUUCGUCGCUUCCAUGAACUUGUUCCUGUUGAUGGCCUAUGGAUUGACAUGAAUGAAGCUUCAAACUUUUGUUCUGGACUUUGCACAAUACCAGAGGGCAAACAAUGUCCUAGCGGAACUGGACCUGGUUGGGUCUGUUGCCUGGAUUGCAAGAACAUAACGGCCACAAGGUGGGAUGAUCCACCUUACAAGAUAAAUGCUUCAGGGAUACAGGCGCCAAUAGGGUAUAAAACCAUAGCGACCAGUGCAGUCCACUAUAAUGGUGUUUUGGAGUAUGAUGCACAUAGUCUGUAUGGAUUCUCUCAAGCUAUUGCCACUCACAAGGCCCUUCAAGGGCUUGAGGGCAAGCGACCAUUUAUUUUAUCACGCUCCACAUAUGUUGGAUCAGGCAAAUAUGUCGCUCAUUGGACUGGUGAUAAUAAGGGAACUUGGGAGGAUCUGAGGUAUUCCAUAUCUACUAUGCUAAAUUUUGGUAUAUUUGGUGUGCCAAUGGUUGGUUCAGAUAUAUGUGGAUUCUAUCCUGCACCCACAGAAGAGCUUUGCAAUCGGUGGAUUGAAGUAGGUGCUUUCUACCCCUUCUCAAGGGAUCAUGCCAACUACUACUCUCCAAGGCAGGAGCUUUAUCAGUGGGAGUCGGUUGCUGAAUCCGCUAGAAAUGCUCUGGGCAUGAGGUAUAAGCUUCUUCCAUAUCUGUACACAUUGAACUAUGAGGCUCAUAUUAGUGGGGCGCCAAUUGCCAGACCGCUUUUCUUCUCAUUCCCAAAUUACACCGAGUGUUAUGGGUUGAGCACUCAGUUCUUGCUAGGAAGCAGUCUCAUGGUGUCUCCGGUGCUUGAGCAAGGGAAGUCACAGGUUAAAGCACUCUUUCCUCCAGGGAGUUGGUAUAGUGUGUUUGAUAUGAGUCAAACCAUUACAUCAAAAGGGGGACAAUAUGUCACUCUUGAUGCCCCCUUGCAUGUGGUUAACGUGCAUUUGUAUCAGAAUACCAUCCUACCCAUGCAGCAGGGUGGACUGAUUUCUAAACAAGCUAGAAUGACACCUUUUAGCCUCAUAGUGACCUUCCCUGCAGGGGCUAGUCAUGGAGAAGCCAAAGGGAACCUUUACCUUGAUGAUGAUGAGCUUCCAGAAAUGAAGCUUGGGAGUGGGUAUUCAACAUAUGUUGAUUUGUAUGCAACUGCAAGUCAGGGAACUGUAAAGGUUUGGUCAAAAGUUCAGGAGGGUAAGUUUGCUUUACAGAAGGGUUGGAUUAUUGAGAAGGUAACUGUGUUGGGAUUAGACGGAAGUGGGCCGCCAUCUGCACUAGAGGUUAAUGGAAACCCUAUUGUUGGGGCUUCAAAGGUAGGUUUGAGCUUAUUGGAACAGAAAUAUCAUGGGGAUAUUGAAGUUGGAGAUAUUAAGAAGAGUGUGAUGAUAGAGAUGAAAGGUUUGAAUAUUCCUGUAGGAAAAGACUUCUCUAUGUCCUGGAAAAUUGGGAUUAGAUCAGUCGCUGAGGGUAAAUUCUAGAUUUACGUAUUUGGAUGGUUGAUGCCUUUCAUGUUUCUUGAUGGAGUAGAGAUGAGCUAAGGAUUUGCACAACCUUUUCCAUGCAAACAAGUUCAUGAGCGAGCUUAGAUUCGAUUGCUUGCUUAGAGCAUUUUCUUUUUUGUAGCUUAAAAUGCGAUGAUGCAAAUUUGAAAUCCUUUUCAUCAUGGCCUUAGA